AUGAUUAAAAAUAAUAAUUUUUUUGUUUAUUAUAAUAUAACAUACUCAUUAAUCUCUGAACAAAAUUUAACUAAAUCUGAUAUUCAAAUUUCAAAUACAUCUAGUCAAUUAUCUUCAUCAUCAAAUACAAAAAGUAUUGAAACAACAAAAAGUGAAUUAAUUCAACGUAUUCUUGAUUCAUUUAAACCUACAAUAAACUUAAAAUGUUCAUCUAAUAAUACAACAAAUACAUCUCUAUCAUCUAUUGAUAAAACAAUAAUUUCAUGUCAAUCAUUAAAUCUUUCAAAUAAAAUUUAUAUAUAUUUUAAAGAUAAAAAUGAAUUAGGUAUGAAACCAAAUAUUAAUGAUUUACUUGAAAAAAUUGACUAUACUAAUAAAUGUUCAUGUCAUCGAAUUGAAAUUAAUUUUAAUAAUCAUAUUCUUAAUCAAGAAUUAUCUUAUAAACAAAAACAAUCAAUUUUACGUAUCAUUUUACGGCGACAACAAAUUUUUGAUCAAUUUUUUUCUCAAACGUAA